AUGGAGCCCAAUAUGUCUUUCUUCAGUUUACCCUUUGUGGACUCGGAAACUUCAGAUCUCGUGUUUAAUAAAAAGGUUGAUGAGUGUGAUUAUGAUUUUCAAAGUGAAUUGCCUUCACAAAGUGCUUUGUUGGGUACAGAUGAUGUACUAGCUCAAUUUUUGACAGCUGAUGGUCCUUUAGAAGAACCAGACUUAAAUGGACCAGCUACUUUGCAUUGUGAGAUAUGUCAUAAAAGAUUUGAUAAUGCAAAGAAGUACUAUGGACAUUUACGAGUACAUUCUAAGGAUAACCUUUGGAUUUGUGAUAAAUGCCCAAAUCAGAAAUUUUCUACGAAACAACAGCUGAUGAAGCAUAGCCUUACUCAUAAGCCACUUGCAAGAGUCUGGAAGUGUCCACAGUGUCCAAUGGCAUUUGAAUCAUUAUGGCGCCUUCAACAACAUGUUUUUGCCAAACACUUUGAUUAUAGGCCACACAAAUGUGAUCAAUGUGAAAAAUCAUUCCAGAAAUCUUCAGAUCUUAAAAAACAUAAAGAUUUACAUAAUAACACAAAACAACAUUGUUGUCCAUGUUGUGAAAGACAGUUUGGACAUAAAUCGAAUUUGAAGAGGCACAUGUUGACACAUACCAAUGAGAAACCUUUCAGUUGCACAAGUUGCAAUAGCAGGUUUACACAGAUAGCGUCACUAAAACGUCACCAAAAGAACUGUGCUCUAUAUAAGAAUCGUAACGAAAAUGAGGAUCAAACCAGAAAGAACUACUGUCGAGCCUGUGGAGAGUCGUUUCAAUACAAAAGUGCAUUAUUGGAACAUUGUGUUAGACAACAUAGCAACACUGGUGACAAUGAAGAACAAAAAUUACAAAUGAGCCAAACCAAUAUUGACACAAACAGAACUGAAGACAACAUCGUGGAUGAUAUCCUGUCAGCCGAAGAUGAUUACAUGACCAUGCCCACACAGCAAGCACUUCAACACUUCAACCCACCGACCCUACCAGAUACUAACACUUACGAUAACCUCAUGCAAAUAGAAUUUCUUAAAGAAAUGAACCAGCUUCACAUUUUAGAUGAAGAGGAGGAUCUGCUAUACAACGAUAUAGACUUCGACUCAUUCCACAGCAACCAUAUUAGUACCAGUGAUAUUGAUUAUAUGGGAGAUAAGCAUGGGAUACUAUUCGAUGACAUGUCAAAUAAAAGUGUAGAUCAAGAUAUAAUGAAUGCACUAUACCAAGUCAAAGCCGACCUACCUGAUGAGCUAUUGAAUGUGGAACCCCCUAAAGCAAUUGAAACACAAAACCCAGUAUCUGUUAACGAAUGCGCGACUAUAUUCGAAAGUGAUGUAGACUUAGAAGCGAGUACUAAUUUAGCGGCCAAUUUAAAUCAGUUGAUUGGCGAAAAUACAGUACAAUAUAUAUCUACUGAGGAUGACGAUAUGUUUAUAAUUAGAUUGAACAGUGAGAUUGAUGCAGAACAACUGACAGACAUGUUGAAUAUAGGUGUAGAGGUAGUUAAUACGAAUGCUGAUGAUAAACCGAGUAAGGAGGAAGAAAAUAAUGCUGUCAAUAAUGAUUCUAAUAAUGAAAGUAUGCCACCUCCAAUAGUUAUUAAAAUAGAAGAUAUAAGGGAUAGGCAAAUUGAGAAGAGUUUGGAAAAUACAGAGGUAAAAGAUAAAAUGCCUAAACAGAUCAAGAGUAAAUGUAAGAAGCAGGUACUCUAUGUGUGCACAACUUGUGAUAAGAUAUUUAAAAAAAAGGAUAAUUAUAAAUCUCAUAUAGCGACGCACAGCGCGGCGCUGCGCCGCCACGCGUGCCGGGAGUGCGGCGCGCGCUUCAGCUACCGCUCCACGCUGGUGAAGCACGCGCGCGCGCGGCACCCGCCCGCCGCGCCCGCGCGCCCCGCGCCCCCCGCGCACCGCUGCGCCGCGCGGCGCUGCGGGCGCGCCUUCCCCGCCGCUUGGAUGUUAAAAAACCACAUAGAGCGUGACCACGAGCGCCUCACGCCGCACGCGUGCGACGCGCCCGGGUGUUCCAGAAAGUUCUAUAAGAAAUGCGAUCUUGUAGUGCAUAAAAGGUACCACACGGGCGAGCGGCCGUUCGUGUGCGAGGUGUGCCAGUUCGCGUUCCUGCACGUGUCGCACCUGCGCCGUCACGCGCGGCUCGUGGACUGCGCGCGCAGGGUGCAACGACAGCAACGCAAACAAGAACAG